UCUUAGUCAAGGGGGCGGCGAUACACCAAACCCUAGUUCUAUCUUUGACGUUUGAUAUCUUCUAUAUAUGUAUGUACAAGCUCAUUAAAAUAUUUACAGAAACCCUAAUGAUGGAUCCAAAAGGGAAGAAACAAAAGCUUAGCACAUCUGCAAUCGCUAGUCCCUCUCUGGAUCUAAAGAAGAAGAAGAAGCAGAAGGUGAGCAAAUCACUAAUAACCACAAGUCCCUCUCACUCAGAGAAGGAUCUGGUAAUCCCAAGUCCCUCUGUAAUCUCAAAGGUUGAUGUGGGAAUAGCGAUGAAGAAGCAAACUGACAACGCAAUGUUUCUUACGGAGAAAGUAAUCUCUGCCGUAGCCACAGAUUCAAACUUCGUCUUCUCUCCUACAUCAAUCAACGCCGCUCUCACCAUGUUUGCUGCUAGCUCCAAAGACGAAACACUAAGAUCCUCCAUCUUAUCGUUCAUUAGGUCUAAUUCAAUCGAUGAGCUCAACGCUGUUUUCAGUGAGAUCGCUACCAUCGUCCUCCCCGAUGGAAGCGCAAGCGGUGGCCCUAAGAUCUCGGCCGUUAAUGGAGUGUGGAUGGCGCAAUCUCUGCGGGUUGAUCCCUCGUUGAAGGAUCUCUUUGAGAAUUUCUUCAAGGCUAGUUUCUCACUAGUUGAUUUCCGAGUCAAGGCUGAAGAAGUGCGUGAAGAGGUGAAUGCUUGGGGUUCAAAGCACACCAAUGGUCUCAUCAAAAAUAUUCUUCCUCCUGGAUCCGUUACAAUGGACACCGUUUCUAUUUAUGGAAACGCGCUUUACUUCAAAGGAACCUGGGAACAAAAAUUCCCAAAGAGGUUGACAAGAGACAAAGAGUUUCACCUUCUCAGUGGCACAUCAGUCUCUGUGCCUUUCAUGAGGAACAAUAGGAAGCAAUACGUAGAGAAGUACAACGGUUUCAAGGUCCUCAAGCUGCCAUUUCGACAAAGCGGUGACACCAAUCGCCAAUUCUCAAUGUAUUUCUAUCUACCGGACGCCAUGGAUGGAUUGAAUAGUCUGGUGGAGAAGAUGGCAUCUUCUACUUGUGGAUUCUUGGAUAGUCACACUCCAAGAAUACAAGCUGAAGUUGGUCAGUUCAGAAUCCCAAAGUUUAAGAUAGAUUUCGGGUUUGAGGCUUCAAGUGCUUUGAAUGGAUUGGAUCUGGGUUCUUUUAAAUUGUACCAUAAAGCUUUGGUCGACAUCGAUGAAGAUGGUGCAGAGGCGGCUGCUGUUACUGCUGUAAGUUGUGCUUCUGGUGGUAGAGGCUCUAACAGAAGUAGGAGGAUAGAUUUUGUGGCUGAUCAUCCAUUCAUUUUUAUGAUUAGAGAAGACAAAACUGGAACCGUUUUGUUUGUUGGUCAGGUCGUUGAUCCUUCUAAAUCUUCUUCGGAUUAGGAUUACGGUUUGGUAUUACUUUGAAUUUUGGUGUGUUACAUUAAGUUACAUUUUUUUUGUUG